AUGUCCGGCCGAGGCAAGCAGGGCGGUAAAGCGCGCGCGAAAGCGAAGUCGCGCUCCUCGCGCGCAGGCUUGCAGUUUCCUGUGGGCCGAGUGCAUCGGCUGCUCCGCAAAGGUAACUAUUCCGAGCGUGUGGGUGCUGGCGCGCCUGUUCAUCUGGCAGCAGUGUUGGAGUACCUGACAGCUGAGAUCCUACAGCUGGUGGGCAACGUGGCGCGCGACAACAAGAAAACGCGUAUUAUCCCACGCCAUCUGCAGUUAGCCAUCGGUAACGACGAAGAGCUCAACAAGCUGCUGGGCCGCGUGACCAUCGCGCAGGGCGGUGUCCUGCCCAACAUCCACAGUGGGCUCAUCCCAAAGAUAGAAACAGCCCAAAUGGGUGGGCACUUUAUUAAGAAAGAUGAAGUGGGAGGGAGAUCCCAGAAGAAGAAUGCAGUCUGGGUGGCCUCAGAAGCAUCCAUGCUCACUGCAGAUAAAGUGUUCCUAGUUUCUGGAACUCUCAGCUUAGCCUGGCCCAAGUCUAAUAGACCUGAUGCCCACCCUGAUCCAACUCAGACCCACUUGGUCUCCGAGCAACCCUGCGAGCUCCAAGACGCCAGCCUGUGA